AUGACAAGAAGGUCCAAUCCAAAUACAACCAUUGAAGAAGAUCUUGACAUUGACCAACUUGAGCGCACACUUAGGCGACUAAGAAGAGAAAGAAUGAAUCCAGGCGGAGAAGGCGCGCCGAAUAGGCCACACAACCCGCCCGACCAAGAGAGGAGAGCCAAUGAUCCUCCUAAUCCAGCAGAAGCUAGAGCUGACCAGCCAGCACCGGCCAGAGACGUUCCCCACCCAAUCCGAACGCGCCCGAUGCAGCUGAGCCGCUACAGCCACCUCUUGGAAUCUAUCGUGCAUGGAACCUUAUGGAAUGCUUGA